AUGUCUAAACGGUUUCUCUUACAGCUCUUGUUUGCCACACUGGCAGUUUCCACCAACUUACCGUUCAAAUCCAAGUUUGGAAAUAGUCCUGCCCCCUUUUCGAUUGAUGUAGAUGCUUCUUUUAUCGAAGAAACGAGAGUCAAGGCUUCUCUGGCCCGAAUUACUACAGACCUUGUUCAGCAUGUUCCUCAGGAUGGCCCUCCUGUCGAGAACAUCACUGCGAUUAAAGAUUAUUGGACUCACAACUACAAUUGGAAUGAGACGCAGAAAAGAUUAAAUGAUCAUCUGCCGCAGUUUACCACUACAAUCGACGGCGCUGGGAACUACUCACACCCAAUCCCGCUCCACUUUGUUCAUCGGCAAUCUUCCAGAAGAGACGCCAUUCCGUUGCUGUUUGUACACGGCUACCCAGGGUCUAUAAUAGAGGUGGAGCGCGUGAUUGACGGGUACACAAAUCCCCCCAGAAAUGAAACGGCAUUUCAUGUGGUAGCUCCUAGCCUGCCCGGGUUCGGCUUCUCGCCGGCUCCCGAAUAUCCCGGCCUGGGACUACGAGAGUCUGGUCAAGCAUUUCACAAGUUGAUGCUGCAGUUGGAAUAUAACAAGUACAUCGUUCAUGGCGGCGACCUUGGCUCUCACACCGUGCGAUACAUGGCCGCUGAGGAACCAGAGAGCGUCCGAGCACUACACACCAACUUGUGGUAUCAAGUCCCCAACAAGCAGGACAUGGACAAUUUCAAUGCCAAGAAUUCCACGGCGGAGGAGGCAUAUCUCAUCAAUGUGCUAGCAACGUUUAGGAUGACGUUUCUGGGGCAGCGACAAGUCUUUGAAAACGAGCCUCUACAGUGGGCAUACGCGCAGACGGAUAGCCCGGUUGGUUGUGCGGCGUGGAUACUCACCGAGUUGAAAGGUGGGAGUCCGUCUUACGACUGGACGUUGGAAGAAAUCAUCUCGUGGACUAUGAUGUUGUAUAUACAGGGACCCUUUGGUAGCGCCAGAAUGUACAAGGAGCUUUCGUUACGAGGACAAAAUCCAUGGUCUGGCAAGUUUGACUACAUUCACCAGCCAGUGGGCAUCACUCAGUUUGCCGAACAAGGUUUUAUCACGCCGGAAGAUUGGGCUCGCCGCCAGGGCAACAUUGUCUUCUUCAACCACUACUCUUCCGGCGGCCAUUUCGCUUCGUGGGAUUCACCAACCGAACUUGUUGCUGACGCCCGAGAGUUUAUCAAGCCUGGUACCGCAGCAUGGGAUGCAUAUCAGAAAUAA